AUGGCGUAUCAAGGCCAACCAUAUAAUCAAAACCCUGCGUAUGGCCAACAGUAUCAAGGUCAGCAGCAGUACCCACAACAGCAAAAUUACAAUCAGCAGCCUGGACAAGGUCAAUAUGGUCAACCACCUCAACAAGGUCAAUAUGGACAGCCAGCUCAACAAGGUCAAUGGCCUCAACAGCAGCCUGGACAAGGUCAGCCUGGAUUCCAAGGAGACCAUGGCAACUUCCAUGGAGGAAGCUAUUCAAUCACGCAUCGUGAUACGAAUGCUGUCCUUACCCUUGACCUUGCACAGGGAACUACCAUCAAGGCCAAGCCGGGAGCGAUGAUUCACAUGGCUGGCACCAUCCAGCUGACCGGAAAGAUUAAUUUCAGCAUGAGGAAGAUGUUCACUGGAGGCCAGAUGGCUGAGUCGACCUAUGCUGGCCAUGGCAAAGUGGCACUGGCACCAACAUUAUUUGGUGACAUCGUUACUCUUCAGAUUGAUGGCAGCUCUCAAUGGCUCAUCGGGAAAGAUGCCUACUUGGCUUCGACUGCCGACGUUCAAAAAGAGACCAAGAGCCAAGGAAUUGGAAAGGCGUUGUUCAGCGGAGAAGACCUCUUCAUCUACCGUGUGAUCGGCCAGGGUCUGGUAUGGUUGACCAGUUACGGCGCCGUCGACAAAGUUGAUCUCAAACCUGGAGAACACUACAUCGUAGAUAACGGUCACCUUGUCGCGUGGAACACAGAAUAUAAAAUUGAGAAGGCAGGUGGCGGAGCAAUGACGAGUAUGAAAACCGGAGAAGGUCUCGUCUGCCGGUUCGUAGGACCCGGAACAGUGUACAUCCAGACAAGAAAUCUGGACGAAUUUGCAUCAUGGGUUCGCCAGGUUGCAGGCGCUGCACAGUAA